CGGCGGCGAUUCAUCAACGCGGCGGCGGCGGCUCCUUCUUCCGCUGCUCCUGCCCUUUCCUUCGGUCCUUCAAAUCGGUCGCGCACACACAUCCAACUAUCCAGAUCUAGAUCUGCAAACCCUAGGCAUGAAAGCGGCGCCGCUAGAGAUGAACACCGCCGGAGUACCUGCAACCUCGUCGGCUCAACACCACAACAGGGCGGUCUUCAACCACACCCCCGGCGGCAAUAACUCCCUGCUCUCAGACGUUGACGGAGAAUGCACCGUGCGGGAGCAGGAUCGCUUCAUGCCGAUCGCGAACGUGAUCAGAAUCAUGCGCAAGAUCCUGCCCCCGCACGCCAAGAUCUCCGAUGACGCCAAGGAAACCAUCCAGGAGUGCGUGUCCGAGUACAUCAGCUUCAUCACCGGCGAGGCCAACGAACGGUGCCAGCGCGAGCAGCGCAAGACCAUCACGGCCGAGGACGUCCUGUGGGCCAUGAGCAAGCUCGGUUUCGAUGACUACAUCGAGCCGCUCACGCUCUACCUCCACCGCUACCGCGAGUGCGAUGGCGGUGAGCGGGUCUCCCAGCCGCCGCUUAUGAAGCGGACAAUGGUUGAUCCCACCAACGGCGGCUUCCAACCGUUCUAUCCACCACAGUACUCCGGGCCCGUGGUGGCCGGCGGCCACCACCAUGCUUACUUUGGGUAUCCGCCGCCGAUGAAUGGUCACCACCUACUGCAGAGGGAUGAAGCAAAUGUCGCCGCCGCCACCUCUUCCCAGCCCGCAGCUGUAGCCAAUAUUGAGCCCUUUCCCCACUACAAGUAGUAGCUAGGGAAUGUGUCAGUGUCUCCCUCAGCUCCGCUCCCAAUUUUUUUUAUGAGUUUUACUUUUUCUAAUAAAAUAAAAACGAAUUUUGAUUAUUAAUUAAAAUAAAAUUGCAUUGCAUAUUAAUACAAAUCAAUUUAAAAGAUUUAU